AUGGCUGCGGACGGCAAAUUCUUCGCGUAUGCGUGUCUGGGUCCGAAGCAGAAGUUCGAGCCGUUUCACUACGAGCCGGCCCCAUUGGGACCCAACGACGUGCAGAUUAAAGUCACGCAUAACGGCCUGUGCCACACGGACCUGCACAUGCGUGACAACGACUGGAACAACGCGACGUACCCGUUAGUAGCAGGCCACGAGGUGGUGGGCGUAGUGGAGCAGGUCGGCGACAACGUCACUACGCACAAAGUCGGCGAUCGCGUCGCAUACGGCUGGCUGCGCAACUCGUGCCGCUGCUGCCUGUCGUGCGUGCGCGGCGAGGAGAACCUGUGCGCGGAGGGCUACACGGGGCUCAUCCUGAGCGGCAACAAGGGCGGCUUCCAGCCGCGCCUGCGCGCGCCCGCCGAUUUCGCCAUCAAACUCCCCGAUGGGCUCGAUUCCGUGGACGCCGCGCCUCUCAUGUGCGCCGGCAUCACUGUAUAUAGCCCUCUCCGCGCGCACAUCACCCGCCCGGGCAUGAAGGUGGGCGUGAUCGGCAUAGGAGGUCUCGGCCACCUGGCUUUGCAGAUAGCCCGGGCCAUGGGGGCGCACGUGACUGCCUUCUCCACCUCUCCUACGAAAGAGGAGGAGGCCAAGAGCAUGGGCGCACAGCAGUUUGUGGUGUAUGAUGCGAAUGCUGCGCCGGGAAAGGGGCACCCCGAGGUGCCCAAGAGCGCGCACGUGGACGUGCUCGUGAACUGCGCUCCAGUGCUGCCUCCCAACGGGGACUACCGGAACUUCAUGAGCCUGCUCAACCCUGACGGCACGCUCGUGCUGGCUGGGAUUCCACCUGAUGCUGUCGGCCAGGUGGGCCUGCUGGACCUGAUUUUUGGGCAGAAGAAACUUGCGGGGUCGAUUGUGGGCGGGCGGAUGCUGCUGAAAGAAAUGUUUGACUUCUGCGCUGCAAACAGCAUCAAGCCCGUGACUGUGACGCGGCCGCUGUCGCAGCUCAACGAGGCCAUGGAUGAAGUUUUGGCCAACAAGGUUCGCUACCGUGUGGUGUUGCUCACUGAUGUUGAGUAG